AUGGCCACAUUACCUUCAGGCCGCCGUACGCAUCGGAAAUCGCGAUCCGGGUGCUUACAAUGCAAAAAGCGAAAAGUCAAGCUUAUUGUUCUGUAUCAGUGCGACGAAAGUCAGCCACAUUGCCGGAACUGUGAGAAGCACGGGGUGGUCUGUUCCUUCGCCAGUCCAGCUGUGCUUUCCACGCCACAAACGGAUGUAGUAGAGUCACCUGUCUCACUAUCUGGCCCAGACAGCACUAGCUCUGGGGUAUCUCGUGCUCAAACACUUGGCAUGUCACAAGCCUUACCGAGUCUGUCCUCAUUAGGGCCAUUCCCCUCUACAUUGGCUGUUUUUGACCUGGAACUGUUGCACCACUGGACAACAUCAACCUGCUACACACUAUCGCGGAGUCCCUCUGUGCAGAGUGUCUGGUGCAAUGAAGCCCCUCGAAUUGGGUUUUCGACGCCGCCAGUAUUACACAUCUUGCUAGCAUUUUCAGCGCUCCAUCUAGCUCGCUCCGAUGAAUCUCGACGCGCAAGCUGUCUUGCUCACGCGCAGAUGCACCACAGCAUCGCCGUGAGAGAGAUGAUCCCACUUGUCUCAACUCUUGCGCGGGACAAUGGCGCAGCGCUUUUCAUUUUCUCCUCUCUAACGUGCAUGUUCUCCUGCGCCAAGCCAUCGGAAGAAGGCGAUUUCUUGGUCCUCUUUGAGCGUGGCAAUCUAUCAGAGUGGGCCCGUCUUUUUAGAGGGACAACGACUGUUAUCCUUACUGGCGGUGAAGAUCUUCUUACAGGGAGGCUGGCACCGAUUUUCACGAAUGGAUCUUAUCUAGCUGCUGCCCAUCGCUCACCACAGGCCCUAGAGCAAGGCAAACCGCAUGUUUGGGAGUUGCAACAAAUGAUAUGGAGGGAGUGCGUGGCUGACCCAGCACUUCGUGGUAUCUAUCAAGAUGCUUCAGAUGAACUAGCUCGAACAUUGGGUCUAGCCGUAAGGCCUAGCGUCAUGCGGAGACUCGAGAGUGCAGAUGUCUUCCGGUGGCUGCUUGAUGUCUCAGAUGAAUAUUUAAACCUCUUGUGUCAGGAAGCGCCUAUUGCACUCAUUAUCUUUGCUCAUUGGUGCGUAUCUAUUCGUCAGAUCGAGUGGAUGUGGUGGAUGGAAGGUCUAAGCUCGCGUCUUAUGACACAACUAUACUCUGUAUUGGAUCCGAAAUAUCGAGAUUGGCUUUCAUGGCCACAGGAGAUUAUUACUGGGAGCCAUUAA